GGCUGUCACGUCGGGACGAGACCGCCGCCUGCGCACCUGGGAGCGUACGGGGAGCUAUCUUGUAGAGUCUGUGGAAACUUAGGUUAGAUAUUAGCGAGAAAUUUUUUUAUAAAGAGGGCGGUGAGGCGCUGGAAGAGGCUUCCCAGAGAAGCUGUGGCAGCGCCGUCCCCAGAAAGAUUCAAGGCCAGGUUGGACGGAGCUUGGAGCAACCUGGUCCAGUGGAAGAUGUCCCUGCCCAUGGCUGGGGGGUUUGGAACGAGAUGAUCUUAAGGAUGAUCCUUCCAGCCCAAGCCAUUCCAGGAUUCUAUGAGAUCUCUUACUGACUUUUCUGGGCCCCCUGUGUUUGCUGACUUGUGGUAAGUGAUGUAGGAAGCACAGCCAUCUCCUCCCACUGCUCCCAGGGCCUCUCCUGCAUGGGGACAUGGGGCUCCUGCCUGAGCUGAGGGUGCUGCAAGACCCCCUGUCCUGGACCCAAGGUGCCUCUAUCCUUCAGCUUAAAAUUUGCUGGUAAACAUGGGUGUGUGCCCUAGGAUUACCAAAGCUGGUUAAGAUACAGACACCCCUUCUCCCCACUAUCCAGCACCAGGCACACAAGCUGUGACCCACAGCCCUGCUCCAUAUGCUGACAAGGAGCCCCUCACUCGUGACAGUCCUGCUCCUGCAGCUCAUUUUUCAGGACACAUCCUGUUCCUGCUCCAGUGGAUGGAAGUUAAAGCCCCCCACCUGCUCUAGCAGCUGACAUCACAGGCCAGAGGUGCCCUUACCCCCAGUCUGACUCCAGGAGCUGGCACCAGUGUUCACUCACACACAGGUCUCUUCAGCAGCUGGCACCUUGUCCUUCAGCACACAUAUAUGUGGGAUACAAAGUGAGAUGGUUAAGAUUUAAGAAGAUACAAUAGGGUGGGACAGUCUGUGAUGAUCAGGCGUGGGGCUCAGUCAGGCAUGCAUUCCUCAUGGGUCUGUACAGCUCCAUGGAUUCCCACUCCUCUCCAAGUCUGGGUCCCCCUGGUUCACAGUGCUAUCAGGGCAAAGCCCAGGCUGGUCCUCCUGAUGCCUGUAGUUUCUUGAUAGCCCCUCCACUGGUGGGAGUGACGAGGUUUGUUUCUUGUCAUGGUCUUUCUUUGUUUUGUCAGGUCCUUGUUUCUUUACAUUUUGUUUCUGUUUUCCCCCUUUCCCCCAAUUUCCCAAUUGACAAGGGGCUCUGAUCAGAUAACCUUGCUAGAAUAAACAUUCUUCCACUCCAAUUAAUGUGACUGACCAGGUCUGGUUCUCAUCACCACCUCCCUCAUUUACUGCUCAGGUUUGGGUCCCCCUAUGUUCUUGUUUUAUGGCUUCCUCCCUUUCCCGUAAUCCCUUACUGCACUGAAGAACAGUCCUCGAGCAGAUGCCCUUAAGGAGCCAACACUCUCCUCCCACAAACCCUUGUGUAACUGUUAAGGAAACCACCAUAUGCCAGCCCAGGCUAGUCAGGAUUCCACAGUAAUUGUGUUAUGAUUAAAUCAGAAAAUGUGUUCCCAGAGCCAAAACAGAGGUGUAUAAAAUCUCACUACUUACCCUAAAUGAAGUGUAGGCAAACAUUGUCGUCUUUAACAAAGUCCCCUUCACUGCUCAACAAUUCCCCUUAGAUGAAAACUGCUGGUAUUACGCUGAAUAUUUUCUUACCACUCUCUUGCAUUCUUUCAUUUGCCUUUAUCUGUCUGUUGUCUUCUGUCUCUUCCCUGAAUUCCUGGCUGGAGUUCAGCUAUCUCCUGCUCUGGUACAAUGAAAACAGCUCUGUGGAUGGAACUUGGACACACUGCAAUAGACAAAGGGAAAGCCUGUGGACAGGCACCCUGAAUUAAUGGUGACUCAGGAAGCGCCAGACCUAUCUGGAUGUCAUGAAGAAGCACAUUCAUCAGGUGAAUCCAGCACAUCUUGUCAAGAAGUACAAAACAGUAGUAACAUGAAAAAGUCUGAAGUUCCUGGAGUCAUGGCUAAAGCUGACAUCAAACCAAAAUCUAUGCAUCGUGCCAAAAUAUGGUCAGAUGAUGUAGAGAACUUAUACAGAUUCCAGCAAGCUGGAUACAGAGAUGAGGUGGAAUAUAAACAAGUAAAACAAGUUGAUGUGGUAGAGUGUUGGCCAGAAACUGGAUUCGUUAAGAAACUUCAGAGAAGGGACAAUACAUUCUACUAUUACAACAAGCAAAGAGAAUGCGAAGACAAAGAUGUCCAUAAAGUGAAAGUUUAUGUGUAUUAGUUUUGUUGUUGUUCUAGUUUGUUUGUUUUUAUAAAUCUGUCUGCUAAGACCUGCAAGUAAAUGAAUCGUGUAAUCUGAGUUACCUUAAGUAUCAAUGCCAUGCUUAGAUAGAAAGGGGGAGUGCUGGAAAUGGAGAGAAGCCUGGAGCUAUAGACUUAGGAACUUCCCUUUUUUUUUUCCUCCUAUAACCAAAAGACUUAUUAUUCCUUAUUUUCCUGGUUACAAAUGCUUUGACAUAAAGAUAAAAAGCUGGUAAAUGGGCAUCAUAUAUUUGGGUUAACUGUGUGUAACAUCCAUUAUAAGUAUAGGCACCAAACUUUAUUCAAAACAAUAUAAUCUUGUUGACACUGGCUAACGUCAGCCACAGCCUCUUGGUGUAGGUAAGGGUUAUGAGAUUCCAGGGGCUAAAGGGAGGCCAGAACACUGACUAAAGAGCAGUGCAAGAAUAACAAGCAAAGAACUGAAGUGCAGGACACUGAACAAUCAAGUGGCAAGGGCCAGUAAAGAGCUGUAGAUUUAAAGACUGGUUGUUGUGAUAGAAAGAGUCACAACAAAAAAGCCUUUCUGAGCAGUAGGUAAGGUACCCCCAAAGUAUUUUAGUCAGGUGUAAGUAUAAAUUACUCAAGGAGGAAGUAUUAAUUGACUUGGUAGCCUUUAUAUGCCUUCUUGAGGUGGGGGAUGGAUUGUGGACUUACACAUGGAGUAUAAACCUUCAGGGAGGACAUGAAAUCCACACUAGAUAAUAUUUAAGGUUAGGUAACUUCCACAGAUGAUAUGUGGAGUUUCUGGGCAGAAUUCAUCUCAUCUAACUUCAAAUGUCACACUCAGCAUAACUGACCAUUGACAGAUUAUUGCUAUGUAAAGCAGUAGAUAUGUUCAUGGUAGUUACAGAAAAAAAUGUUAUUAAUAUCUCCUGUCUCUAGAUUGUCAACCAAGGGGUAACUAAACUGAGCUUUAGGCAUAGAUCAGCAGUGUAUAUUUUACCAUUUGUUUCAAGGAUAUUCUUCCUUCAUUUGAGCCUAAGACAGAGGCGUCUCAAGAGGCCUGUAUGAAAUAGAGGACUUACAGCUCCUAAUCUAAAUAAGUAGUAUGGGUGCAAUAUUCAAAAAGUCUCACUGACAGCGGCUGAUGAUGAUCUUCUCACUUACUGAGGCUGCUUGGAAAAUUUCAGCUUUGAUUUGUACAAGCUCUGUUAAAGAAAUGACUGGAAGAUGCUCAGAAGCAACUGUGAAACUGUUGUCUUCCAAGAAGGUUUUAAUGGCACAUAGAGAGUUACUGCAAUGACAGAAAUAAAGCA